AUGUUGGAACAUUUGUGUUUCUUGUUGACUAUUCUAGUAUCUCUAGUACAACAAUUGAUGUACGCCUCAGCACAAGAAACCAACACUGUCAUCCUUGAUUUUGUCGGCGAUAUCAGCUUUGAUGGACCUGUUCUGUAUCAAGACAAACAUGGAUAUUGCUCUUACAACAAGACAUUUGAAAAAGUCGCCAGGUAUCUUUGUCAGUCAGAUUUGGCCAUUGGCAAUCUUGAAGCUCCAUUUAUUCGGGAAGACAUGGAAAAUGAGGAACAAAUAACAUUUCAUCCAAGGUUAAGAGCAUACUCUAAUAGUUCGCAGAGCUUGAGAUAUGCAGGAUUUGAUAUCAUGGGACUAAAUAAUAAUCACUUAAAUGAUUUUAAAGACAAGCCAGUUAAUUAUACAAUUAGAGUUUUGAAGGAAGUUGGGAUCAAAGCUUUCGGCUAUACUUUUGGAAAGUUAGAAGAAAAAAGGCCGCAGGAACCUCUAAUUGUAAAUGUCAAAGGCAUAACGAUUGGUUUCCUUGGUUAUUGUGACGUAUUUUUUGUUGAUGAGAAUCAACUGGGACGGUUCUUUUAUACAUGUGUUUCCCGGCGAGGUAACCUGACAGCAGGCCCUGCCGUUUAUAGUGAUGAAACAGUGACUAAAGAUGUCAAGAAUCUUAAGGAAAAAGCAGAUGUUUUGGUUGUUGCGAUGCAUUGGGGUAAAGAAGGCCAGUCGUACCCUAACGAAAUCCAGUUACGACAUCUACUUUUCCUGAGAGAUUUGGGUGUCCAUUUAGUUAUUGGAAGCCAUCCUCAUGUCUUACAAGGUCAUUAUGUGCAUAAGUCGUUUUUUACAGCUUUUAGCUUAGGCAACUUUGUAUUUGGACCCUCUGGAUACGACUUGCAGAUGCUGUGUUGA